GGAUUUGACGUCAACCGGCGACGGAGAUCGAGGUGUUCGAUGGAGGUGGAGGCGAUCGAGCGCAUUCUCGGCGAUUACAAGUUCAAGGACCGCUUGCUGUUGGAGGAGGCCUUCACCCACUCCUCCGUCGACGGCCAGCCCUCGUACCAACGUCUCGAGUUCGUCGGCGACGCCGUCCUCGGCCUCGCAGUCACUAAGUUCGUCUUCCUCACCAACCCCACCCUCGACCCUGGCCCCCUCACGCUCCUCCGCGCCGCCAACAUCUCCACCGAGAAGCUCGCCCGCGUUGCGGUCCGCCACGGCCUCUACCGCUUCCUCCGCCACAACUCCGCGACCCUCGACCACUUGGUGGAGGACUUCACGGCGAUGGUGAUGAAGGAAGCGAUGGAGGACGCGGGGAGGUUGCAGCACGGCGGCUCCAUCAAGGCCCCCAAAGUGCUCGCCGACAUCGUCGAGUCCUUCGCCGCCGCCGUCUACAUCGACUGCGAUUACAACCUCGAGACCUUCUGGAAGGUUUUCCGGGGGAUGCUGGAACCCAUCAUCACCGAGGAGACUGUGGAGGAGCAGCCGGUGGCUGCCCUCUACAUGUUCUGCCAAAAGAACGGCCGAAGGCUGGGCAUCAAGAACCAGAUUGAGGGCUCUUUGAACAUCGUCUCCAUUCUCGUGGACGGACAGCUUGUCUGCACGGCGUCCUCGGAGCAGAAACUAAUGGCUAGGAUCAAUGCGGCGCGGAUGGCCCUGCGACUGUUGUCAGCCUCCCCGGUGGCCGAAUCGUGCUCUGUAACCACCGGAAAUGAAGCAGCAGGGAAGAAAGACGUUGAAUGCAAGCAGAGACUUCACAGUCUGUGUGGCAAAAACCAUUGGGGGUGUCCUGUAUAUAGGAUUGUUGAGGAGGACGGCCCUGCACAUAAGAAAGAAUACAUAUCCUCUGUUCAGGUUGAGAUAGACAAUAACUCCGUCCUUGUUAGCUUUGGGGAUCGAAAGCCGAGAGUGAAGGAUUCAGAGAAGUCAGCAGCAAUGAAGUUGUUAUCUGAUCUGUUGAUUGAGGGAGGAGAGAAGAGGAGGAGGCUUCUUCCAGCAGCGAUGAACCAUGCAGUCUUUCAUGGCUUUAGAUCUUCAGGUUUUUUUACAGGUGAAAUGCAGAAGCGAGACAGAUAUAGUACAGGGAGUGUCAUGUGGCAAAAGAUGAAACGCUCUCUCCCAGUGCCUCCGUCAGCUUGUCCCAAGACCAACACAGAGAAAAUAAAUAACAAUCACUGAAGAGGCAAGCGGAUGGGGAUAAGUUAUAUGAGGUGUAGAGAUUUACGUCCCACUAAUCCAAAGGUUCGACUCUUCGACCUCAAGUGGUAAACUUUCAUCCACUUACUAUCUCAGCUAUACCCGUGUAGGCUAGUACAAGAAGUGUCAUGCAUGUAUGAUAAUUAGAUUUGCUUCAUAGGCUUUGUGUUGGAUUUAAUAUCUCUUAUGGUGAUUUCACAUGUGAUUUAAAAUUUGCGAUAUCAAAACCUAUUAAGUGAUUUAACUUAAGGUUAUUGGGUAUCGAGUUAUUGGAUAUGGGCAUAGUAUGUGAGAACUCAUUAUUUGUAUCCAUAAUCAUCUAUGAGUUGAUAAUAAAUGUCUAUUAUAUA